GCGGGCCAGUCCCGUCAAGGCGCGGAAAGAGAGAGAGAGGGAGAGCGAGGUCUCCCCCGUCGUGCGUUGCGAGGUUUCUUCUUCCGUCCGGCAAAGCAGCCAUGGCGGCGACAGCAGCAGCGGCGGCGGCAGCAGCAGGAGGUGGCGAAGUGGAGCGAAUUUCGGCCGACCUGAGUGGGGCCGGCGCUGGGGAUGAGGAGGAAGAGUGGCUCUAUGGCGAUGAGAAUGAAGAGGAGAGGCCAGAGGAAGCACCUGUCAGCGCUCAACCUACUUCUGGAAAUGAAGAAGAAACAGUAGCUGAAAAUGGUGUAGUGAAAACGAAAGUUACAGAAGCCGAGGAUGAUAGUGACAGUGAUAGUGAUGAUGAUGAAGAUGAUGUUCAAGUCACUAUAGGAGAUAUUAAAACAGGAGCUCCACAAUAUGGAUAUGGUGCAGCACCUGUGAAUCUCAAUAUUAAAACAGCAGGACGAUCUUAUGGCUCUUCAGGAGCAAAAGUGAAAGGAGUUGAUCUUGACGCACCAGGAAGCAUUAAUGGUGUCCCACUAUUAGAAGUUGAUUUGGAUUCAUUUGAGGAUAAACCUUGGAGAAAACCAGGUGCUGACCUCUCAGAUUAUUUCAAUUAUGGAUUUAAUGAAGACACCUGGAAAGCAUACUGUGAAAAACAAAAGAGGCUACGAAUGGGACUUGAAAUUGUACCAAAUAAAAUUACGGCCGAAGACAUUGCUAUGGAAGUAACGCCAGGGACAGAGAUUCCAGAUGGCACAUACAAUCUUUUUAAGGUGCAGCAAGGCAGAACUGGAAACAUGGAGAAAGAAAUAUUACUUCCACCACCCAAAGCUGAGUUUACAUCUCCCCCACCUUUAUUCAAGACAGGAAUCCCAUCAAAUAGAAGCAGCACCUCUUCUCAGUCGCAGACGAGCACUGCAGCCAGAAAAACCAGUUCAGGCAUUGGGAAGUGGCAGGAUCGAUAUGGGAGGGCUGAUUCGCCUGAACUAAGCUAUUUCCCCGCAUGUUACACUUCAGAACGUAAUGUUAAGUUUGAGAAGAAUCCCUUCAUUUCAGACCUCUCGGAUGUGGUGGGCAGAGAUCAUCCCUCCAGUCUCAGAUUCCUCCCAAGAAGGCUUGCUGGCGCUAUAGAUGUGAUUGGACAGACUAUCACAAUCAGCCGAGUAGAAGGAAGACGUCGUGCCAAUGAAAACAGCAACAUACAGGUUCUUUCUGAUCGCUCCAGUACUGAAGUGGAUGGUGGUUUUUCCAAGCCCCCUCCGUUUUUUCCUCCAGGAGCUCCUCCUACUCAUCUUCCACCUCCUCCUUUUCUCCCACCGCCACCGUCUGUCAGUACUGCCCCGCCUCUGAUUCCUCCUCCAGGAUAUAAAGGCACAGGUAUACCAAUAACAGUGCCACCACCAGGCUUUCCUCCCCCACCUGGAGGGCCACCACCAUCUCUUAUACCAACAAUAGAAAGUGGACAUUCCUCUGGUUUUGAUGGCCGCUCAGCUCGUGCAUUUCCAUAUGGUGGUGUCACUUUUCCGCACCUUGCAGGUUCUGCCCCAGCAUGGUCUAGUCUCAUGGAUUCAAGCAAACAGUGGGAUUAUUAUGCACGAAGAGAUAAAGAUCGAGAACGAGAGAGAGAUCGAGAUAGAGAAAGGGACCGUGAUCGGGACAGGGAGCGAGAACGUACUCGUGAAAGGGAGCGGGAGCGUGAUCAUAGUCCAACUCCUAGUGUGUUCAACAGUGAUGAAGAACGCUAUAGGUACAGAGAAUAUGCAGAUAGAGGCUAUGAGCGGCAUAGAACAAGCAGAGAGAAAGAAGAGCGGCACCGAGAAAGAAGACAUCGAGAAAAGGAAGAGACAAGACACAAGUCAUCACGAAGUAACAGCAGGCGUCGCCAUGACAGUGAAGAGGGAGACAGCCACAGGAGGCACAAACAUAAAAAAUCAAAAAAGAGCAAAGAAGGAAAAGAAACAGGUGGUGGGGAACCUGCCCCUGAACAGGAAAACACUGAAGCUGCUUCAGCAGACUAGGCAUGUGUGAUCUUUGCCUACUUGCUUAUAUUAGUGCCAGAAAUAGAUUGCUCUAAAUCUAAUUAUUUUUUUCUGGAUCUUAAAAACAUUGCUCUUAAUCUUGUUCUGUUAGUACAAAAAAACCCCUAAGUUUAAUUUGGAUUUUUGAAAAUAAAAAGAGUGAUUUUUUUCAUGUUAAA